UGUUCUGAGCGAUGCACCUGAGGUGUGGGAGAUGCUGGACAUCCAGAACAGCCGGCAACGCGCCGCGAGCGGCGCCUCGGGCCAUCAACAGCGUGGCAGUGCCAUUCGUGUCGACACAUCAAUAUCUGAUAAGCCCGGCGACAGCACCCCCGUGUCAAUCGCGGCCGAGAACGCGGGCAAAGCACAAGGUGGCAGCUCCACGCCGCCUGCAUUGUCACAAGGAGCAGCGGCGGUGGUUGGACUGGCGGGGUCGAAAGCGGCAUUGCCCAGGGGCCUUCAGGUGCCUGCUGCGCCUCCGCCAGAGCAGCUGAACGCUGGAGCAGUGGCACCAAGCAUUCAACAAGGCAACGAGCAGCAGCAGCAGCAGCAGCAGCAGAAGCAGCAGGCCAUCCCUGAUGAGCCGGAGACACCAGAAGCUGGGGCAGGCGCAGUAACAGGGACCGCUGCUCUCUCAAGCACCCCGGCGCUUCCCACCAACAAGACACUGCUGGCCCUUGGUGCGCAUGUGGGUGCUCACCCCCAGCGGGUGGCCGAGUUGCAGUCCGCCGCACGAGCUGCGGCGCGGGCGCAGGCUCAGGUGGCGCGGGAGCAGGUUCUGGGGCUCAUGCCACCAUCCCGGCAACAUCAGCAGCAGCAGCAGCAGAAGGUAGCAGCGCUAGAUGCAGGCACCUUGCAGGGCAUGGAGAGCAGCAGCACCCAGUCGGCAGCUGCCACUGUUGCCGCGGCGCUGGCCGCGUCCCUCCCAGUGGACCCCAUGGCCUCCCCGGCCGAGGACGCCCUGGAGGGGCUGCGUGCCUACUGGGCCUCUAACCUGGAUACCAUGACCCCCAGCUGGGCAGAGGCGGCCUCCCGGCAGGCUCGGCCAGGGGCUGCAGAGGCGGGCCUGGACCUGGGGCUGGCUGACCCUAUGGACGAGAUAGGGUCGCUGGGGGCGCGCCUGGAGUUUGUCGCGGACCUGAUGAGCAAGGCGGCGGUCAGCACUGCGCCUUGCGUCAUCGCACUGCAGACAACCUGGGCGGGCGACGCGUGGGGGCUCAGGCGGGAGCUGUUGCCCUGGCUGCAGUAUCACGUUGCCCUGGGCGUGUCGCGUCUGUACGUGCUGUAUGAUGGUGCCGACCCCUCCGUCACCACCUUAUUGGCUCUCCUCCCCCGCGUGGAGGUGAUGCUUGCUGGUGGACCCCUGGCAGAGGCGUCAGAGGUGCAAGACUUCCAGUCUUACUUGGCUGCCCACGACAACAAUGACGGCUGGAGAGGACGGCCUGGGAACUACGAGCUCAUGGUCAAACAGGGAUAA